GGGAUGAUGCAUGAUUGUACACACAUGCUUUGCUAUCUAGUUGGCCAUGUGUCUGCUGUGCUUCGUUAUAAUCCACUGAGGCUACAUUCGGGAGCCCUUUCGAAACAAAAAUCGUUCUACUGAUAUUCCUCAUCAAAACCCGACCAUUCACGUGUUACCUGCUGUCUAUUUACGCGAUGUUAAAAAAUCGAGUUAGACUGCUGACACACUUGAUACUCAUUACCACUCUAAGCAGAGAGAAUCUUUGGACGAUUGCGGUUGGAGGCCCGUCUCUCGAGCCUGCGACCAUCCAAGGAUACCAGAGGAAGAGCAUCUGUGCUGCAGAGAAGAAAGGGAAAGAAAUUUUCACAGAAGAAAUUCCCAGCCAAACCGAACCAAGCCUUGCAGCUUCCAUCACUGGUGCGCCAUCCACAUCAUCACCUGGUAACGAAUCUACGGCGAUUAACGUUGAGGAAAAAGACGGAAAGCAGCGCGACUUGGGAGCUGAUCAAGACACAGAAGUUGAAAAAUUAAAAACGUGUCACGGGGCUUGUAUGCCAAAAAAUACAGAAGAAAAAUCAAGCAGUAAAGCCAAAAAGAAGAAGAAGCAAACUGCUCUGAAGCAGGCGGAUAGGAGACGACAGUCUUUGCUUCCCUUGGAGAAUGAUGCUUUACAAGCGCAAGAGAGACCAGCUGGUGGAUAGAGCAAUUCAAGAUGAUUGUGGCAGUCAAAAACUCAUGGAGGGACUUGGUUGUUCAGAUGGCAGUGAAUUGGCAGCCCAAAAGAUUGAUUUGCCAAAAACUUCAAUUCCCA